AUGAACAUUGCUCAAAACAAUCGUUUGGAGCAGUUGCGUGCAGUAGAAGCAGAUCUGCUGUGUCCACCGCCGGCCGAUCCAUUCCAAUGCUUCCCAACUGGAUGGACGAGAGCCGCUAAUCUGAAAGAGAACGAAUGGAUCAGAAUGUCGAACCGUGAAAAACCGAUGAGCCCUCCACCGCGUGAGCCAUCUCCAGAAAUCCGAAGAGCUAUGAGAAGAGCGGCCCCACCACGUAACAAUCGUCCUGCUCCUCUGCAAGUUCCGGAGCGUCGAGCUCUGCGACAACUGAAUGGAGUUCCUAACAGAAGACCAUGCACACCACCUCCAGUGAAUCGAUCGAAUCCGGAGAUUGCUGUUCCAGUUGAGAAUGUUGCCGAACCACGUCGUCGGGCACUUUCACCCACACAGUUGCCAGGCGUUCGAGCAAUUCCGAAGGACUACAAUCGUUUCUUCCGUGGUCUUCUAGCUCCUGGAGAGUACUUCGCAAAAUCCCAAACUCGAUACCUUGGACCAUUCGACGAGAUGCCCACAGAAGCGACGCUCCCUUCGAACGAUGAUUAUGUCAUCCUGCAACGAAUGGGACGCCUCCCAGACAGCGGCAAAUCAAUUUUCAGACAAGUUGGCACACUGUCAACAUGA